AUGGUGCCUCACUCUCAGCAGAACAUAGCAUUGUCACCUACUCAGCUGAACGAGAUUUUGGAGUCUAAGAACAAAGCUUUUUCACUUGAACUUCUUAGGGAAGCUACACGAGACUUCAGCCAUUUGCUCGGAAAAGGGGCGUUCGGAUAUGUAUAUCAGGAAAAAUUGAAAGAUGCUUAA